GGCGCUGGAGCUGCGGGCUCAGGGCGAGGAGUAGCUAGCAGCUGGAGCCGAGUUGGAGGAAGCAGCGGCAACGGCAGCGGCAGCAGCGAGGACGGCUGUGCAGCCAAGGAACCGGGACAGCUAAGCAACGGCCGGUCGCAGCUGGAUCGAAGGAACCUGGGAGCUGGGAGCUUGAGAGGCCGCUGAAGCCCUGGCCGGGCAGAGGAAGGAAGCGAGCCGACCCGGAGGUGAAUGAAGCCGAGAGUGGAGUGUGACAGUAAAAUCAGACGACAGAUGGACAGUGUGACAAGAACGUCAGAGAGGAUUGGGCCUCGCUGUGAGAGUCAGCCUGAAGUCAAGGUGUUGACAAGUUGCUGAGGACACGUGGGAGGACGGUGGCGCGCAGAGGGAGAGCCCUGUCUUCAGUCACACCAUUGAUGGAGGACAGAUGGACACCCGGAUGGCCAGUCACCUCUCUUAAACCUUUGGAUAGUGGUCCUUUGUGCUCUGACGGACACCUGUUAGGGAUUCUAGCCCGUUCUCUGAACUCACUUUCCCUUAAGACGUAAACUCGGACUGCGGUGUGUGAGCCGGCUUCUCUGUAGCGGGGCACCAGAGCUGCAGACAUGAGUGCAGAGGGGUACCAGUACAGAGCGCUGUACGACUACAAAAAGGAACGAGAGGAAGACAUCGACCUACACUUGGGGGACAUCCUGACUGUGAAUAAAGGCUCCUUAGUGGCACUUGGAUUCAGUGAUGGCCAGGAAGCCCGGCCAGAAGAUAUUGGCUGGUUAAAUGGUUACAAUGAAACUACUGGGGAGAGGGGAGACUUUCCAGGAACUUACGUUGAGUACAUUGGAAGGAAAAGAAUUUCACCCCCCACUCCUAAGCCACGGCCCCCUCGACCUCUUCCUGUAGCACCCGGUUCUUCAAAAACUGAAGCAGACACUGAGCAACCAGUGUUGACCCUUCCUGAUCUGGCCGAGCAGUUUGCCCCUCCUGAUGUUGCCCCGCCUCUCCUUAUAAAGCUCCUGGAAGCCAUUGAGAAGAAAGGACUGGAAUGUUCAACUCUAUACAGAACACAGAGCUCCAGCAACCCUGCAGAGUUACGACAGCUUCUUGAUUGUGAUGCCGCCUCAGUGGACUUGGAUAUGUUCGAUGUACACGUUUUAGCAGAUGCUUUCAAACGCUAUCUCACCGACUUACCAAAUCCUGUCAUUCCAGUAGCUGUUUACAAUGAGAUGAUGUCUUUAGCCCAAGAAGUACCAAGCUCCGAAGACUACAUCCAGCUGUUGAAGAAGCUCAUUCGGUCGCCUAAUAUACCUCAUCAGUAUUGGCUUACGCUCCAGUAUUUGCUCAAGCACUUCUUCAAGCUCUCUCAAGCCUCCAGCAAGAACCUUCUGAAUGCAAGAGCCCUCUCUGAAAUUUUCAGCCACGUGCUUUUCAGAUUCCCAGCAGCCAGCUCUGAUAAUACUGAACACCUCAUAAAAGCGGUAGAGCUUUUAAUCUCAACGGAGUGGAGUGAGCGACAGCCAGCACCAGCACUGCCCCCUAAACCACCCAAGCCCACUACUGUAGCCAACAACAGCAUGAACAACAAUAUGUCCUUACAGGAUGCUGAAUGGUACUGGGGAGAUAUCUCGAGGGAAGAAGUAAAUGAAAAACUCCGAGACACUGCUGAUGGAACCUUUCUGGUACGAGAUGCAUCCACUAAAAUGCACGGCGACUACACUCUCACACUAAGGAAAGGAGGAAAUAACAAAUUAAUCAAAAUCUUUCACCGGGAUGGGAAAUACGGGUUCUCUGAUCCAUUAACCUUCAACUCUGUGGUCGAAUUAAUAAACCACUACCGGAAUGAGUCCUUAGCUCAGUACAAUCCCAAGCUGGAUGUGAAGUUACUCUACCCAGUGUCCAAAUACCAGCAGGAUCAAGUAGUCAAAGAAGAUAAUAUUGAAGCUGUAGGGAAAAAAUUACAUGAAUAUAAUACUCAAUUUCAAGAAAAAAGUCGGGAAUAUGAUAGGUUAUAUGAGGAAUACACUCGUACUUCCCAGGAAAUACAGAUGAAAAGAACAGCUAUCGAAGCAUUUAAUGAAACCAUAAAAAUAUUCGAAGAGCAGUGCCAAACCCAGGAGCGGUACAGCAAAGAAUACAUAGAGAAGUUUAAACGCGAAGGCAACGAGAAGGAAAUUCAAAGGAUAAUGCAUAAUCACGAUAAGCUGAAGUCUCGGAUCAGCGAGAUCAUCGACAGCAGGAGGAGACUGGAGGAAGACUUGAAGAAGCAGGCGGCUGAGUAUCGCGAGAUCGACAAGCGCAUGAACAGCAUUAAGCCGGACCUCAUUCAGCUGAGAAAGACAAGAGAUCAAUACUUGAUGUGGCUGACGCAGAAAGGGGUCCGGCAGAAGAAGCUGAACGAAUGGUUGGGAAACGAAAACACAGAAGACCAAUACUCACUGGUAGAAGAUGACGAGGAUUUGCCCCACCAUGAUGAGAAGACGUGGAAUGUGGGGAGCAGCAACCGAAACAAAGCCGAGAACCUAUUGCGAGGGAAACGAGAUGGCACUUUCCUGGUCCGGGAGAGCAGUAAGCAGGGCUGCUAUGCCUGCUCUGUAGUGGUAGAUGGCGAAGUCAAACAUUGCGUCAUCAACAAGACUGCCACCGGCUAUGGCUUCGCCGAGCCCUACAACCUGUACAGCUCCCUGAAAGAGCUGGUGCUACAUUACCAACACACCUCCCUGGUGCAGCACAAUGACUCCCUCAAUGUCACACUAGCAUACCCAGUAUAUGCACAACAGAGGCGAUGAAGCGCUGCCCUCCCUCGGAUACAGUUCCUCACCUUCAAGCCACCCAAGGCCUCUGGGAAGCAAAGGGCUCCUCUCCAGCCCGACCUGUGAACUGAGCUGCGGAAUCGAAGCCGGCUGUCUGCACAUGGGACUAGAGCUUUCUUGGACAAAAAGAAGUCGGGGAAGACACGCAGCCUAGGGCUGUUGGAUGACCAGACGUUUCUAACCUUAUCUUUCCUUUUUUUUUUUUUUUUUCCUUUUAAUUUAAAGCCACAACACACAGAGGAAAAAGAAAUGCAAAAAUCUCUCCGUGCAGGGACAAAGAGGCCUUUAACCAUGGUGCUUGUGAAUGCUUUCUGAAGCUUUACCAGCUACAAGUUGGGACUUUGGAGACCAGAAGGUAGACAGGGCCGAGGAGCCUGCGCCUGGGGCCGCUUGGUCCAGCCUGGUUUAGCCUGGGUGUCGCUGGGUGUGGUGAUCCAGACACCUCACACUGUGGAUUAUUUCCUUUUUAAAUGAACGGAUGACAUGUAGCAGAGAGCCGAGUCUGCUCACACAGGGAGAACUGCUCAGAGAGAGAACAUCGAUACAGUGCGUUCGGAGGAAAAACAAAGACACCAGAAAACGUUUUUGUUCAAGCUUGUCAAACCAACAACCUGCCAACAGAGAAAAAGAGUGUGGACAAGGGGACUUAAAAAUGACAUUCAGUAUAUAAAACAUGUACAUAAUAACGAGUGACUAACUAUCAAAUAGAUGGAUUUGUAUCAAUACCAAAUAGCUUCUGUUUUUGUUUUGCUAAAGGCUGAACGUGCAGCGCUAUGCAAUUCUGGAUUUUUACUACGUUGUUACCAGUUUCCGAUCACCUUCAGAGUAAGCUUCCCUCACCCAGGAUUUUGUUGCUUGAAAAUACUGUCCCUGAUUUUUGUUAAUAUUUGUUUUUGUUAUUCUUACUUUUUUUUUAAAAAAAAUAAAAUAAAAUAAAUGUACAGGAUGCCAGAAAGGAAAAAUGGCUUCAGAAUUAAAACUAUGAAAUAUUUUACAGUUUUUCUUGUACAGAGUACUUGGCUGUUGUUAGCCCAAGGUUAAAAAGUUCAUAACAGAUUUUUUUUUUCUUGGACUAAAUGUUGGGCAGGGCCCUGAUAAGCUUCAAAGCUGCUUUAUUCAAUAAAAAAAAAGAAAAAGAAAACGAUAUAUGAUAUGACAAAGUAUGGCUGAGUCCAACAGUGUGAAGACUCUUGAAAUACGGUACCUGGCAAUGUUUGUUUCCUUAUCAAUUGUGAACUUCUUGAAUCUGGAGGGAGGGGGAGGCAGUCGUGGGUUGUAACAGGCAGGGUUAAGGGGAGGGGGGCGGUAAGGUGGUGUGCACUUUCUUGGGAUCCCAGAGAAGGGGAGAAGCGAGGCUGUGUAUCUCCCGUCUUUCCCCAUCUGAGUUUAUUACCAGUAACUCCAGACCUACUGUAUGUAACUCGAACCCAGCACAGCUGGCCAGCAUCUCCAUUCUCCUGAGGGAAGUGCUGAGUUCAUUCUGGGGUUCCUGGGACGCGCCCGUUCUUGUCCUUAUAACACACUGGCCUCAAGGUUGAAUCCCUGCAUUUAGAAAACGUGUUCUUUUCUCUUUGCAGCAUUGGACUAGUCACAGCAGCCAGUCACCAUUCAUUUCAGCAAAGGCGUGAUCUGAAAAACAGUACUUCUAGCUGGAUACUUGUUACUUUCCUAGCUCUCUGUUCAGUUCCGCUUAGACCGGAAGACAAGUAGACCCAAGUGGGCGGUCCCUGUGCUCUGAGGAGAUUGUUAAAUGCAAACUGACAGUUCUGACGGUCCUUCUCGUUAGCAUAAAGGUGCAUGUUGUAUACGUCAGGGUGUGAGAAGGGAGCAGUUGGUGACAUCCUUAAUUUAGGACAAGAGUUUGAGUUUGCCUACCCUCAUGUACGUGUGCAAAAGCUGGUGUGAUCGUGGGGAAUCACGGUCACAGCCUAGGUAGAUUCACCAGCCAUCCUCAGUUUCUCUUAAUUACCAGAUGCACCCCCAGCUUUACCUCUUCCCUUUCUAGACUAAGGUGAAGGUGUUUGCAGGUCCCGUAAUGUCGUUCUUGUUUGAAUCUUAGAAUUUGCAGCCCAGUGGCCAGGUUAAUGGUCUGUCGAAUGUAUUCUUUUCCUUCCUGUGAAGCCACUGCUCAUCCUCAAGAGGAAGAGUCAGUCAGCGAGACUGUCAGCCUGCAGACUUGACCUGCCCACCUCCUGACUGCCAGGCCAUUGAUUCCCCGGCUUCACCCCAGGCUUUGCAACUUCCAGCGGUAGCGUUUUGCCAUGCCACAUGUGACUGAAGACUUAACACUUGUUUGUAAGCUAGGUUGGUGGUUAAUUGGAUUCUGUUUCUUUUUCUUUCUCUCUUUCCUUCCCCCUUUUCCUUUUUGUAGCACAUCACGUAUGCUAUCAAACACAACUAACUUUAAUUUUAAAAAUGGAUCUGAGAUUGCACCGUUACAAGUUCUGUUCAGUGGUUUUUCUUUCUUCCUUUUUUUUUUCCUUCCUUCAGCACUCUUUGCAGGAUGACUUGCAACUUUUAGGCAGUUGCCUCAAUUUCUCAUCUCACCGACACACGUCCAAUAGAGCUUUCAUUUGUCAGAAGGCAGGAGCCACUGAGUUAAAUCACUCAGCGUCCUGCUGAAUGCCUUUUUGAUGACAGGCUGGUAUGCUCACCAGCUCUGUCCUUAGAGAAGCUUGACCUGAUUCCAUCCAGGCCUCCUCUAGUAGCAUGAUCGCAGAUAGAGAGGGCAUGGCUGAGGUGUGAGCAUUCCCGCAUCGGUUUUUCUCACGACCUGUCACAUCCUAGAGCCAGCAGACACUAAGCUGCUGAGAGACAGAGCUAGGCUGUAGAUGUGGGAGGGUUGGGACUUCGUGUUCCACACCAGAGUGAUCAUAACCACGUGAUGAGGCAGCAAGCAUGUUUUGCAACAUUUGACAACUUCACAGCCCUGGAUAUAUGUAUAUAUGUAUAGUGUGCAUGGACUGUUUCCAGUACACCUUUCAGCCACGCAGAUCCACAGUGGAGUUCAAGUAUGUAACAAGCGGAUGUCCAGUUCAGGUCUUGUAGACGCGCUGUGUGUGUGUGUGUAUGUGUGUGUGUGUGUGUGUGUGCGCGCGCUAUUGCUUUGUUUUGUCUUAUAAAGGUAAAGCUUGUCGGCAAGUGAAGUGAGAAGUCCAUCAGUUGACGUUUUCCUGUUUUUAGAAGCUACUCCCUUUUGGGGAGCGGGUCUGCAUGACUUGCUUACCUGAUGUGUCCCUGUUGUCAGGUCAGAGUGUGUUUCUGUGAGCUGUCAUUGUGGGGAACCAAUCGCUUUGUCAUAUAUCUGGUUCCGAACUAUAACUUGUUUGGGAAGUCUACUGAUGUUCCUGCUGGUUUUCCCAAGUGUGCUUUCGCAAUGCAUGGUAUCCAAGUCAGUUGGAAAGUGGGCGUUGUUGUCUGUCUGAAUUUAGGGUCACUUAAGAAAGGGGCAGUUAAAAAAAAGCACAAUGCCUCACAUGGGACAAAGUUCCAAAAUGCCAAAUUCUUCUAUUUUUUACAACAACCUGUAGUUAUGUAAAAUAACUAGUACUGGGGGUGGGGAGGGGGAAGAAUUGGCUCAAUUGGAAAGACUCUCCCACUUCACACUAAGCUUGUUUGUCACCAUGAGAUAGCAUUGGCUGCCCAGGAUGCUGCUAUUUAAAAAAAAAAAAAGCAAAACAAAACAAAAAAAAAAGAACCCUCAUUUAUAUGUGUGUAUUUUUUAAAGCUACACUCUGUUCAGUGUUUUUACAAAUCUGUUUAUAUGACAUUGAUAAACUAAAGUUGGUCUUUUGACGAGAGGGAGGAUGUCAUGGUUGGUUGUAAUUUUGCCUUUACAAGGUAACUGGGAUUGGGGUGGGGAGGGAGUGUGCCUCCUUGACAUUUUGUUCAAGUUAUAGAUUCAGUGAAGCUAUGUAUUGUUUUAAGUUGCUUAAUGCAUUGUAUUAGGUCCUCAAACAGAAUAAAGGUUGUUUUGAAACUUAAAA